GUUUGAAACAAAGCAAGCUGCACCUAGCUUAUGAGAAGGUGCUUUUAACGUUUCGUAUUUGAAAGCUGAAUAUUAUUGGACGGUGACAUUUCUAUACGUUGUUUGACUGAGAAAUAUUUUAGAAAGUACACAAAUACACAACCCUAUGUCAAUUUAGCAGGAAUACCAAUCAUAUUUCGAGUAAUAAAAAACAAGACAUAUCUAUUUGGUAAGUGAGUUUACAACAUUACAGAAGUGUAUUAUUUUUUAACUAAUUGCUAAAUUGGUGGCUGUUUUUUAUGUUGUUCUGUUACAAAAUAGUUGGUAUAUAAAAUUAUACGAACACAGAAUCCUAUGUGUAUAAGCAUGGGAAGUUAUAUAUUAAGUAAUAAAUUCUAUUCUCGUAUGUUUGCUAAAUGAUACACCAAUUAUAUGGCCUAUCUCACUAUAAUUCUGAAUGUUUUGCACUGCAAAAGCUUUUGUGAUCAAAGUAGCUGUUAACAAACUAUGAGUAUGACUCAAGAGUUUUGACAGGAAAAUUGCUUGUUUGAAAGAGGUUUAUAAUUACUGUCACCCGACCAAGUCUCAAUAUAUUGUAUAAAGCCAGGGGCAAUAACGGUUUCUGUGAUCAAAGUAGCAAUGAACAAAGUCAAUGACUCAAAGACGUUUUGACCAGAAAAUUAUGUGUUUGAAAGAGGUUUACAUUCGAUCACACACUUUGACCCAAACUACAUGUGCUAAUUCGAUAGAUACCAUUCUGGGCUGCUGUGUAUUGUAUAUGCGUUCAAUAUUAAUCAAUAGUGUCUUUUGAGGGCAUAUUUUAUUUUAUACCGCCAUAUUGAAAAUUAAAACCUACAGCUUCUUAUACAGCUAGAGACCAGAGUAGCCUAUGUGUCUCUUGAUGAUAUCUCAAACGUGGUGGUUCAGUGUAUAGGUAGUAUUCUACAAUUCGCUCUCAUGGGUUACGCCCGAAAUAUCUGAAAGAGAUAUCUCAAACGUGGUGGUCCAGUAUAGGUAGUAUUCUAUAAUAAGCUGCCGUGGUUUGUGUCUGAAUUAUCUGAACCUAAGAUAUCUCAAACGUGGGGACCAUUGUAGGUAGUAUAAUGUACAAUAAGCUAUCGUGGUUUGUGACUGUGUCUAGUCUGUCUAGACUGGCUGAUUUAAAAAAGACUUGACGUUUAAGUUUCGUUUUCAAAUUCUACUUGCAUGUAUAAAAGAGAUGAUGCCAUCUCGAAUUUAUCUCUCUGCGAUCUGCAUGUUCACUGGAAUGUAAAAUCAGCAUUGUCUUCGUUGGCAACCAGUUACAAAGAACAGACACAAUCAUAUUUUUAAACACAAUAUCCGUUUCAAAAUGUGACAACAUUUUUAUGCGAUCUUUCAGUUAGAACUAGAAGAUUUGUAAAUAUUAGUUCGGAGUUUUUAAUUAAUUUUACCUUGUUGUGUGCGGCUGUUGGCAAGAUCUGGACGAUGUCGUAUAUAUAGGAGAUGGAACUUUAAUUAAUAUAGUGAUGUUAUACAAUCUUGUAAGAAUCACAUUGAUAAUAUUUUUAAUGAAAUAUAAGUUGAGGAGCACACUCCAAAUGGGAGAGAGAGGGUGCAUGAGGGGAAGGUUUUUCCUGCAAUCUUUUUGGCACAUGGAUAGUGCAUGUCCCUUUCGUCUCAUGCAGUGACUGGACUUUGAUUCCUUGCAAUAUGCAGUUGUCUGAUUAUGAUUUCCGUUUCUUUCAAGCGUUCCGAUUUCCUCCCACAAUAACACUGGGUUAAUAACUUUCUGGACUUCUAGGAAGAACAGAUUAUCCUUACUAGACCUCUAGGAAGAACAGUUUAGAACUGAUAGAGCUAUCCAGUAUAAAUAAAGUUAGUUUAGUUUAGGUUUCCUCCUGUAGUAACAUUGGAUCUAUAAAAGAUGACUUUUAUUGGACCUCCAGGAAGAACAGUUUAGAACUGAUAGAGCUGUCUAGUAUAAAUAAAGUUAGUUUAGUUUAGGUUUCCUCCUGUAGUAACACUUGAUCAAUACAAGAUGACUCUUACUGGACCUCCAGGAAGAACAGUUUAGAACUGAUAGAGUGUCCAGUAUAAAUGAAGUUAAUUUAGGUUUCCUCCUAUAGUAACACUGGAUCAAUAAGAGAUGAUCCUUACUGGACCUCUAUAUAGGAAGAACAGUUUAGAACUAAUAGAGCUAUCCAGUAUAAAUGAAGUUAGUUUAGUUUAGUUUAGUUUUCCUCCUGUAGUAGCCAUUAUAUAGGAAAUUACUCUUAUACAGGAUCUCUAGGAAGACGUUCAUAUUCGCAGAACUGUCGAGGAAACGCACCCUGAACGUUCUUGCGGGAAGUCGGUUUCAUCGAACUUCACGUCGUGUCGUGAAAAGAUUAGAAUACAAGGCUAGGGCCCAUACAGGAAUGUUCAAAGAUCUAUUUGGAAAACAGGAAAAUCUAUUUAUUUAUGAUAUCUGACCGUGUCGUAACGAUUUAGUCAAUAUAUAGGUAUACAAGCACCCUUGUCUAGCUUCUUUGAUAUCAAGACAGCUUUCUUUAUGAGUUCAAGAGCUUCUUGUGCGCACUGCCAAAGUUUGUCGCAUCCGCGUCUUUGAUACAUCAUUGUGUAUAGAUCCGUUUGCGUGAUGUGAUGAUGUGUGGUCGGAAAAGACACUUCUCAAUACAUCAAUGCAGAAUACUGUUACAUGUUCAAGAGCAUGAAAACCGGUUGUAACGAAUCCAAGCCAAUAUUGAAGUAUUUAGCUAACUGUUAAUGUUUUCAAAUAAAUUUCGAAGAAAAGGAUUCGUCCAGUUUUAUUACGAAUUGUUACAGGGGGCAUUUUAAGCUCGAGAUUAAUAAAAUAAAGGUUUUAUGAGUGUUCCAACUAUGUUUCAACUUAAAUAGAAUACAUGAUAGUGUUGGGAAAGCAUUAAGAAAAGCUUGAUAGAUCGCGUGCCUGGGUUUAAUACAUUUUUGUGAUACGAGUUACGUAGCUAUAAUUUUAUAAUAUAAAGUAUUAUAUGUUUUAACGCCAUCCAAACCUACAAAGAAAUGCUAUAAUUUUGUUGAUGUUACGUUUCUUCUUUUUCCAGACUUCUACUGUGUCUACAAUUCUCAGAAAUGAAGAUUUCAAACACCAUUUCAUUGAUUCUACUCUUCCUAACCCCAACCUCAGCCAAGCACCUCAACGACAGUGACAUCAAGCCUCCAGACAGUUUGGUUAGCCGUUUUGGAAACGUCCGCAUUGGUGGUCUCGUUCCUGUUCACAUUCAACAAUCGAACAAGACAUUGUGCGAAAUCUACGAUCCGCGAUUCUCGUACAUCCGCUACAGGGAUGGAACGGUGAAAUGCUAUAAGCUAAACAUUGGAGGAGUCUUGUGGAGUGAGGCCAUACGAUUUGCUGUACUAGCUGUGAAUGAGUUAGUUCUCAAUGGUAUGUAUUGUCCCUAUCAUCUGCUACAUGCUGUAUCAUGCCGUGGGGAAAUAAUGCUAGUUUAUUAAACUGUCUACGUUACAGGUACAAAUAUAACCCUUGGAUAUGACAUCCGGGAUUCGCUCAAUAACGUCGAUGUUGCCUUAGAUGUAGCCCUGGAUUUCACGACGCGCCGAGAAAGGCCCAAAGUGGGCAAUAGCACACGUGAGUGCAAUUGUUCCGUGAACACGACCCAGCCUUACGUGGUCGCGUUAAUUGGUGGCGCACGUUCCGAAAUCUCGCAACGCGUCAACACUGUCGCGAGUGUCUCGUCAUUGCCACAAGUCAGUUACUCGAGCACCAGUGUUUCAUUGAGUGAUAAAACAAAAUACAGGUGCGUGUUUUCCUUGUACAGAACCUGAUACAGAAUUUUUCUUAGAAUCUACCUGUAUUAUUAGAUUUUUCAUUUAUCCAACACAAAAUUAUGUGCAUCUUGUGAAGUAAAUAUUCAUAUACCACCAUCAUCACCAUCGCCAUUAUCAUCACCAUCAUAGAUAGAUAGAUAAAUAGAUAGAUAGAUGAUAGAUAUUUAAUUUAAUAAAUUUCUCCCUAAAAGGGUUUUCAGAAAUUAUUUACAGUUACAGCAUGCAGUAAUAAUUAUUAAGAUUACAAAUAUAAGUUUAAACAAUUAUCAGAGACUGUAUACAAAAUGUCUUAGGCUAUACUAAAUGUUAUCUUUUGCAAGCAAAUGUUUUUUAAUUAAGUGCUACGUUAAAAAUUUUAAGAGAAGAGCAGUCUUUCAAGUUCUUGUCUAAAUUGUUCCAAAUAUGGACGGCUCUAUAUGUAAAUGAUCGUUGGCCAGCUGCAGUCUUAAAUAGAGGUAUUUGAAGAGAGUCGUGUGUAAGAGUCCUACGGUCGUGGAUUGAUGACCUUUUUAUCAAUUUGUUACAAAGGUAGAGGUGCUAGGUUAUUCACACAUUUAUAGGUCAAACUGGCGUCUCUAAAAUAUAGUAAUUUGUCUACUGGGAGCCAAUUCAAUUCACGUAGAAGUGGAGUUACGUGGUCAUACUUCCUGGAUUUCGUGAUGAUUUUGCAAGCAAAGUUCUGGAUCGACUGAACUUUCUUCACGUUGGAAGCAGACGUAUUCGACCACACCGAAGAACAAUAAACCAUUUUGCUCAUGACUAAAGAUGAGAUGACUUCCGAUAAAGUUUUUGUGUCGAAACACUUUAGCACACGUGAGUGCGAAUGUUCCGUGAACACGACCCAGCCUUACGUGGUCGCGUUAAUUGGUGGCGCAUCAUCAUCAUCACCAUCAUCAUCAUCAUCAUCAUCAUCACCAUCAUCAUCACCAUCAUCAUCAUCACCAUCAUCACCAUCAUCACCAUCAUCACCAUCAUCACCAUCAUCAUCCAUCAUCACCAUCAUCAUCAUCAUCAUAAUCAUCAUAAUCAUCAUCAUCAUCAUCUUCAUCAAUAAUAUCAUCAUCACCAUAAUCAAUUUACUUAAUUUGCUUGCACCUACAAAGUAGUGUCAACAUGUCUAAAGUUACCAGCUUGAUUUAUCACCAGUUGUCACUAACGACCAUUCUCUACUUUCGAAACCAUAUAGAACGUUUCUUCGUACCAUACCGCCAGACAAUUUCCAAGCGCGAGCAAUGGUGGACAUAGUUAAGAGGUUUGGUUGGUCGUACGUUGCAACCGUCGCUACAGACGAAGACUACGGUCGUCGAGGCGUCGAAGGCUUUCACGAGGAAGCGAGGAAAAGCAACAUAUGCAUCUCAACACAACGACUAUUCCAUUUCAAUAUAAGCGAUGAUGAUACUAAAAGAGAUAUCAAAGAUAUAGUCAGCAAGUUAAAGGCGGACACUAAAACUAAUGUUAUUGUUUUAUUCUGCGAGCGACCUCGCGCUGUUGCAGUUUUAACCGAAGCUCAGAAGCAAGGCAUGACAGGCAAAACAUGGAUUGCAACCGAAGAUUGGGGAUUCAGUCAAAGGAUUUACGAUUUUGAUAUCUCCACUGUGGGUGGGAUAUUGGGUGUGGUCACUCAUGCCACCCGUUUGGACCUAUUCGAAAAACAUCUAGCUGCUCUUAAUUCUAGCACCACCGAGAACCCGUGGUUAUUAGAAUAUUUUCGCGAGAAGAGUUGCAAAGUUGGGGAUAAGAAUUGUAAAAUAGAUCCAUCGUUGACCGCCACUAUAUUGCAUAGGAAUAAAGCUUCCUAUGUGAUGGAUGCAGUCUAUACGGUCGUUCUAGGUUUGUUAGAUUAUAUGAAGUGCGGAGAACCUGAUGCUGCAGAUUGUCUGAAGGAUAUAGACUUGGAAAAGUUAAGAGAGUACAUGUUGAAUGUCAACGAUUCUGGAAGUAGUGGAAGAUUGAUCAAUUAUGAUAAACUUGGAAAUCCUGGAGGUAUCAUCAGAAUAUUUUGUUUUAACACAGAGAGUAAAUUAACUUUAUUUAUACUGGAUAACUAGCACUCUAUCAGUUCCAAACUUUUCUUCCUAGAGGUCCAGUCAUGUCUUAUUGAUCCAAUGUAACUACAGGAUGAAACCUAAACUAAACUAACUUUAUUUAUACUGAAUAGCUCUAUCAGUUCUAAAUUGUUCUUCCUAGAGGUCCAGUAAGGAUCAUCUCUUAUUAAUCCAGUGUUACUACAGGAUGAAACCUAAACUAAACUAACUUUAUUUAAACUGGAUAGCUCUAUCAGUUCUAAACUGUUCUUCCUAGAGGUCCAGUAAGAGUCAUCCCUUAUUGAUCCAGUGUUACUACAGGAGGAAACCUAAACUAAACUAACUUUAUUUAUACUGGAUAGCUCUAUCAGUUCCAAACUUUUCUUCCUAGAGGUCCACUCAUGUCUUAUUGAUCCAAUAUAACUACAGGAUGAAACCUAAACUAAACUAAGUUUAUUUAUACUGACUAGCUCUAUCAGUUCUAAACUGUUCUUCCUAGAGGUCCAAUAAGGAUCAUCUCUUAUUGAUCCAGUGUUACUACAGGAGGAAACCUAAACUAAACUAACUUUAUUUAUAUUUGAUAGUUAUAUCAGUUCUAAACUGUUCUUCCUAGAGGUCCAGUAAGGAUCAUCUCUUAUUGAUCCAGUGUUACUACAGGAGGAAACCUAAACUAAACUAACUUUAUUUAUGCUGGAUAGCUCUUUAUAAUAUAUUAUUUUCUUUUACCAUUUUCAGGCAUCUACUAUCUCAUCAGCAACCUUCAACCAGAUCCGACCACCAAGAAAGGAAAGAAAUUCGUUCAUGUAGGCAACUGGUCCAACGGUCAACUGCACAUAACCAAUCCUGUCUACUGGAACGGCGGACGGAACAACACCCCCGUAUCAAGAUGCUCAGCUCCCUGCCCCCCGGGACAUUACUAUGUGAAAGGCGAUGUGUCAUGUUGUUGGAAAUGCGUCCUCUGCCCGCUGGGGAAAUUUAAAGCCACAACAGGGAACCACCAAUGCGAUUCCUGCCCCGAAGGGUAUGUCUCGGACGCCAACCACACACGAUGCGUGCGCAUACCGGAAGAGUUCAUCCGCUGGGAUUCGGUAACAUCGGCCAUUUUGGUGUCGCUGUCUCUCUGCGGGGUCCUGGUAACUAGCUUCAUGUUUGGAGUCUACUUCAAAUACCGUAAGACCCCAAUUGUCAAAGCUGCCUCGAGAUAUCCCUCAUUACUUCUCCUCGUAUCCAUUGCGAUAAUGUUCGCAUUACCUUUGCUAUACAUCGGCCGACCGAGUAUUGUGCUGUGUCAUAUACAACCGAUCGCUUUUGGGUUCCUAAUGACUCUAGCUGGUUCGUUGGUCCUGACAAAGACGUUCAGACUCAUACAAAUUUUUAACAACGUGGUCACGAAUCUAAGAGACAAACCUUUGGUGACGGUUAAAACUCAAUUCGUUAUGGUGAUAUUGAUGUUAGUUCUAGAGGUCAUACUGAUAGCCGUGUUCCUUGAUCGAAGGCCGAUACAAGUUAAUACGGUCGUCGGGGGUGCCACUGUACCUAUAGAUUGUGGCGAAUCUGCAAAGGAUCUCCACACUGCCGUGGUGUUGUACAAUUGGUUUUUGGCAUUAAUUUGCGCGGUCAUGGCUUUUAGAGCCCGAUCUCUUCCGGCGAACUUUAGCGAAGCACGGCUAAUCAGUUUUGCGAUGUUCACGUUUUCCGUUGUCUGGCUUUCGUUCCUAAUCGUGUUCUCGGGGAGUAUAAUAACUCAGUUCUCAGUCUAUAUAUGCAUUUGCAUUCUUGCAACGGCGCUAGAUUUUGUCGUUUGUAUGUUUGCGCCAAAAAUAUUCGUGAUCCUUUUCAAGCCAGAACUGAACGAGAUGCACGUGGUCCGCGCGGAUAUCUACCGUUACACGAUGAAGCAACGCGCACGCUCGCACACGCAGGGAGAAAGCUCGGAGAGCGAACUAACACGCGCGCAACUCGAGGGCUCGUUGCCACGAAGAAAAUCCGCACACAUCUUGCAAGAAUCAAAAUUAUAAAUAAGGGGAAUUUAUUUGGGAAUUGGAAAUUACUUGUUGGGAAUAAUGGUAUUGAAGAGAGAAUAUCUCGAAUAGAUUCUCACGCAUACGUUAAAUUAUGGGAGAAUCUCACGGAAUCAUUGACUUUGUGCAAGGUGUUGGAUAUCCAAAUUGCACUUUUCCUACCUCCUGAACAGGCGUCUUAGGGGCUGUUUACGUGAUGGAAGGUGGGAUGAUUUUGAUGUAUUGAAAUAAGUCAUUAGGCUAAACGAAAGUUCAAAUGCUGGUUAACUGAACUGUAGAGAAGAUGUUGUAGUUCAAGAAGAUUAUUAUUGCUACUUGAACCAUUCGUUUACAGUUAACUAUUAUUUAUCUCUAGAAAAUAAUGCACUGUGUGAAUCGUGCACUGUGACUUAUUUCAAUACAUCGAAAUCAUCCCGCCUCACAUCUUGUCCAGGCAAAGCGGGAUCACAUAAACAGCCCCUUAUUCAGCAAAUUGCGCAUGCUGCCUUUGAUCCCUUGGGGGCGAGGCAGCACUUUCCUUGCGAUAGUAACUUCUAGUUAAUCAUACCUUUUUAUCUGUCAUUUAGAGACAUGUAACAUAAAGACAGUCAAGUACAUUUUGUUGUUGCAAACACAGUAGAGCGAAAUUCAGAUUUUGGCAGAUUUAUUAGAAAAUAUAGUAAAUUCAGGUUAUUUUAUUAAAUUCAAUAAAAAUUCGGGCAAACUUUGAACUGCUCCCUUCCCCCUGGAAAGCAUCGACCAGUCCCGUACGCUUAUUGUAAAAUGUGUACUUCGGUUGCAUGAUAUGUAUAAUUAGUGUUCUUGUGACAUGAUUAGGAAACAAAUUUUGAAUAAAGUUUUUAUUGUUU